AUGCAUGAGGAGUCAAGUAUUCUAAAGUACCUGAUAGCUGGUGGUGUCGGUGGGAUCUUUACAGUACUGACUGGUCAUCCAUUAGAUACAGUUAAAGUUCUAUUGCAAACGAUGCCAGAUAAGUACAAUGGUACAUGGGACACGAUUAAAAAAAACAUCUCGCAGGAGGGACCACUUAGUUUGUACAAGGGUGUAAUACCGCCACUAGCAACGGUCGUACCGAUAUUCGCCAUUGGUUUUCUUGGUUAUGGAUUCGGCAAGGAUCUUGUCGCCGAUCCGGAUCAAGAAACUCUGACUGGCUCGCAAGUUUUAUUCGCGGGAUUGGGGAACAAUACUAAAAAAUACAAUGGUUUUGUGGAUUGCGGCAUCAAGCUGUGGAAAGAAGGCGGCAUUCGCAAUCUGUACAUUGGUACCAGUGCCACUUUCCUUCGUGAUGUACCUGCCACAGGACUCUAUUUCUGCUCGUACGAGCAAAUCCUGCGAUAUCUCUCCGUAGAACCCGACAAAGCGACAUGGGAGCCCCUGUUAGCAGGGGGCUGCGCAGGUGUAGUGAACUGGGUAGUGUCGAUGCCCUUCGACACACUGAAAUCAAAGUUGCAGACUGCUUCUCUGGGAGAGUAUCCACGUGGUCUGCGAUCGGUGUAUCCGGCAAUGGUGAAGAAAGAGGGCGUCAGCGUUCUCUAUCGAGGGAUAAUACCUGUUCUGUUCCGCGCGUUUCCGGCGAACGCGGCCUGCUUUUGGGGCUAUGAACUUUGCAUGGAUUUUUUAGACAAACACAUACCUUGGUUAUAA